GAGGGACUAAAGAUGCAAAUCAUAUUUUUAUGGUUAUAAAAGUCGCACGUCGUCGUUAGAAACAAACAACACCACCGACUCGUCGACUGUCUGAAAAGCCGUCUUUUUUAAUCCAACUUCUCCGGGGACUACUUUAUUUUCUCUCUUGAAAUUGUAAAUCAUCAUCAUUUUAUAUGUAAAAAUAAACAAUUUGUCAACACAUAGAUAGAAUCGAACCAAUCAUGGAGACAACGACCAGUACUCCUCUGUUGACGGGUGAUCAUCGCGACCGAUGCGGGUGGCUCCGGCGUCGUCUCCGCCUCAAAAACCCUCUUUCUUCUGAACUCUCCGGAGCCGUCGGUGAUCUGGGCACCUUUAUCCCCAUCGUCCUGACCCUGACUCUAGUCUCCAAUCUCGAUCUCUCGGCCACUCUCAUCUUCACUGGAUUCUACAACAUCGCCACAGGCCUCCUCUUCGACAUCCCUAUGCCCGUCCAGCCCAUGAAAUCCAUCGCAGCCGUCGCUGUCUCCGAGUCCCCACAUCUCACUCCUUCCCAGAUCGCCGCCGCCGGAGCUUCCACUGCCGCCACUCUCCUCCUCCUCGGCGCCACCGGUGCCAUGUCUUUCCUCUACAACCUCAUCCCUCUCCCUGUCGUCCGAGGCGUCCAGCUUUCUCAGGGCCUCCAGUUCGCCUUCACCGCCAUCAAAUACGUCCGCUUUAAUUACGACACUGCCACUCUCAAGCCCUCUUCUUCUCCCCGUUCCUGGCUCGGCCUCGAUGGCCUUAUCUUGGCUCUUUCUGCUCUGCUCUUCAUCAUUUUGUCCACCGGCUCCGGCAACGACAGGGAUACCGAUCACGGAGAAUUUUCCGAUAGUUCCAACGGCGACGAAAGCCGGUCUCGCCGGAGGAGGCUGCGUCUUCUUUCUUCGAUCCCAUCUGCGCUAAUCGUGUUCGUGAUCGGGUUAGUGCUCUGUUUCAUACGCGAUCCGUCGAUUCUCAAGGACCUUAAAUUUGGUCCAUCUAAGUUCAAGAUUCUCAAUAUCACUUGGGAUGACUGGAAAAUCGGGUUUGUAAGGGCGGCGAUUCCUCAGAUUCCACUGUCUGUGUUAAACUCAGUGAUCGCCGUCUGCAAAUUAUCCAUUGACUUGUUCGACAAGGAGCUCUCGGCGACUACAGUCUCUGUUAGCGUUGGGGUGAUGAACUUAAUCGGGUGCUGGUUCGGCGCAAUGCCGGUUUGUCACGGUGCUGGCGGGUUAGCCGGGCAGUACCGGUUUGGUGCAAGGAGUGGUUUUUCGGUUAUGUUUCUCGGGGUCGGUAAGCUGAUUGUUGGUCUGGUAUUUGGAAACUCGUUCGUAAGGAUUCUUGGCCAGUUUCCGAUUGGAAUACUUGGGGUGCUCUUGCUAUUCGCGGGGAUCGAAUUAGCAAUGGCUUCGAAAGACAUGAACACAAAAGAAGAGUCCUUCAUCAUGCUGGUCUGCGCCGCAGUGUCAAUGACUGGCUCGAGCGCCGCUCUAGGGUUUGGGUGUGGAGUUGCUCUUUACUUGUUACUGAAGCUACGAACCUUAGACUGUUCUUCGGUUACUCUGUUUCCCCCGUCCAGUGAUGGAUCGCAGGUCGAUUCCGAAGCUGCUCCUCGUGUGGUCUAAGUUAUGUACUCCUAUCUCUGAUUUUCGAUUUACCAAAAUUGCUUGGUGAUGUGGUACUUGUGGCCGAAGCCUUAACCAAACCCGAUUUCCAGAAAUGGUCGUGAACCGAUUAUUUGUCUCAGUUCCUGGCUCGGGCUUGUGUUACAUACCAAUCGGGUUAGACUUAUUUUCAAGGAGUAUUGUUCCGGUUGGAUAAAGAUGCGAAACCACUAACCAGACUUUGUGUGCUUCAUAAUUA